UUUUGAAUGAUUCGCGAAACCCUCAUAGACUUUACAGCAACGUACAGUAACUGUAACUCUAAAUCAAAUAAGUAUUAGAAACAUUAAACGUAAACGUUUGAGCACGCGUUUUUAGGAAUGACUCGUUUUAAACGAACCGUCCGAACGAGUCGAUUCUGCAAAUGACUCGAACGCUGUUCUCCGAGCAUCAUGUAAUCCCAUUCCUCCUCCUCAGGCUCUGACUCUUGGGUGUAGUUUCGGGUUGUGUGGCGAUAUGGAGGGUGUUGAUACGUGGAGAACUUCACUCAUGGCUUUCAUUGAGUGUCCAAAGAGGACUUUGUGUCUUUCUUUUGAGUGUUCUGUUGUUUCACGUUCUGAAGAAGUUUGAAGACUUUGAACAGAAGAGCUGAAGAACCGAAGGAGUCAUGGACGGAGUUUGGGGUGUUAUUCUCAUUUCUCUGGCUAUGUUCGUGGGCUGUUUCGUGCUCGGGAUUAUUCCACUGAUGUUCAAUUUAUCAGAGCAAAAGCUGCAGCUGAUCACUGUGCUGGGGGCGGGGCUUCUAUGUGGCACCGCUCUGUCAAUCAUCAUCCCUGAGGUGGAGCUUGUGCAGGAGUCAUGGAAGGACUGGUAUUGCUCCUCUGUGAGACAGAGUCCAAAUAUCUCCGAAUCCAAUUCAACACUUCUUCCGGCGGCCCAGAGAACCCUGCGACCUCACUUCGUCAUAGGAGUGUCUCUCGUCAUGGGCUUUGUGCUCAUGUUUGUGGUGGACCAGAUUGCCAACUACUGCUCCUAUCACGAAUCUCAGGUGCGCAUGUCUGGUAGCUUUAGUGUCACCGCCACCCUGGGUUUAGUUAUUCACGCUGCCGCUGAUGGAGUGGCUCUGGGGGCGGCUGCCGGCUCCUCGCAGGUGUCCGUUCAGGUGGUCGUGUUUUUCGCUGUCAUUUUGCACAAGGCUCCAGCAGCGUUCGGUCUGGUCACCUUCCUCAUGCACGCUGGUCUUGAGAGGAAGACCAUUCAGAAGCAUUUACUGGUGUUCUCUGCUGCAGCGCCUCUGCUGGCCAUCAGCACUUACUUCAUCUUGAGCUCGAGUAACAGCUCCUCUCAGAACCGCUUGAGUGCCACAGGAAUCGGGAUGCUGUUCUCCGCUGGAACGUUCUUGUAUGUGGCCACAGUUCAUGUUUUACCUGAAAUCAGCAGCAGAGGGCAGCAGCGCUCCUCUCAUCUUCAUCACACAGAAGCUGCAGGACACCAGCAGCAUGGACUGGGAAUAAUAGAGAGCCUCACUCUUAUACUGGGAACUGCAUUACCUGUGCUGCUGGCUCUCGGCCUGCCAGAGGAUUGAUUCAUCCAUUAUAAUUUAACAAUUUUUAUUGUUUAUUUUCACAAGUUUUAUAUUUGGUGAAGCUGUCAACAAAAAUAUGAAAGUUUUAUGUACAUUUGUUUUAUUUCCGUUCCAAAAGUAAACAAACAACCAAAAAUAGUCUGUGUGAUGACAUGGUACACGAUCGUAUCCUUUGGUAAUACCAUGAUACUGAAUAAUUUAUUUAUUUACUGUUGUAUCCAGAGUGGCAAUGUACUUCAAAGAAUACCAUUGUGUUGUUAUUAGGUACUGUAACAACUUUUUAAAUAGGUGCAUUUCCAAAAUAUCAUGUUAUUGUACAGAUUUUUUGUCAAUGAAGUAUUUUAGGUUAGAAAUGUUUAUGUGCUUUGGACUUCCUGUUAAAGGGGCUGGAAACAGCAUGUGUAUUUUUGGGCAGUGUGCACAUUCAAAGACUUCCCGUUAGACAGCCGAGUUUAACAGUGAUGUCAGCAAUAUUUACAUAGGACGCGGAGCACCUGGGUCAAGUGUGUGUUCGGCCUGGCUGUGAUGAAAGUUUCUUUUCGAUUUCCUCUAUCUACCAGAAUGUACACAUCUGGAACACAUCCAGGCUCGUAUUGUACUAUUAUUUAUUUUAUUGCCGCAAAUCUUAAGUGCAAUAAAGAUUUUCAAAUCAUCUAGAAAAGUCUGUAGUUGUAAACGAUUAAUUUGAAUCAAGAAUGGUCUAGUAUUUGUGUUUGGCAACAGCAACAAAUGUUUAUUUUGAGAAUUUUAAUGCAUGUGGAUUCAAAUGUAGCAAUCACUCAUGAAUUUGUUAUGUGUAAAAAUAAAUAUAAAAUCUGCAGUG